UCUCCAAAAUGAGACAGAAGAGUUCAUGCCUGUCAGUCUUCUGGUUUGCCCUCGUAAGCUUUGGUGUUGUUUCUGCACAGAUAUGUCCAGACACUGAAAGAUCUUUCAGACCGAAUGGUACUUACGACGUGAACCGCCGCCUUGUCCUGUCGUAUCUUCCCUCCAAUGUCACAGCUCGUGGAGGAUUCCACAAUGCUUCGGUUGGCCAAGAACCCGACAGAGUGUUUGCCGUGGGGAUGUGCAUUCCAGACGCUAAGGCCGAGGAUUGUUCCAAAUGCAUCCAGACCGAAUCCGAUAAAAUAAUAAGCAGUUGUCCUAACCAGACAGACGCCUAUUCGUGGCCUGGUGAUCCAACGCUUUGCCUCGUACGCUACUCCAACCGUUCGUUUCUUGGAUCCCUCGAUUUGUGGCCGAGUUUUCCGCUGUACAACACUGGAGAUAUCGGUGUAAAUUUAACGGAGUUUGACAGAAUAUGGGAGGGUUUAGCAAAUCGUAUGAUUGCUGCAGCUUCUUCCCCGUCUAAGGGCAACUACUACUCGGCUGAAAUAGAGGACCUACCUAGUUUCAAGAGAAUAUAUGCACUAAUGCAAUGCACUUCAGAUCUAUCUCCCGGAGAUUGUAACGCUUGUCUACGACAAAGUGUUGGUGAUUAUAAGUCAUGCUGCCAUGGAAAGCAAGGCGGCGUUGUUGCAAGACCGAGCUGUUUUUUCCGGUGGGAUCUGUAUCCAUAUUCCAGAGCCUUUGAAAACAUCACGUCAACAUCUCCUCCACCACCUUCUCUACCACCUCCGCCUCCUUCUGCGAGGUUUAACGCUAACACAACCAAGAAAGAUGAUAAAACGAUUUCAACGGGAAUUAUCGUGGCAAUAAUUAUUCCCACCGUCGUAGUCAUCUUGGUGUUGCUUGCUUUGGGGAUUGCUGUAUGCUGGAGGAGAAAAUCUUAUAGAGCAAUUGAACUUGAAACUGAAGAUGAUAUUUCAACUACCCACUUGCUACAACUGGACUUGAAGAGUAUAGAAACCGCAACAAAUAGAUUUUCGGAGAGUAAAAAGCUAGGUGAAGGUGGAUUUGGCGAAGUUUACAAGGGUAUGCUUCCGAGUGGAACCCAAGUUGCAGUGAAGAGGCUGUCAAAAACUUCAAGCCAAGGUGCAAGAGAGUUUAAGAACGAGGCUGUUCUCGUAGCAAAGCUUCAGCAUAGAAAUCUGGUCAGGCUUCUCGGGUUUUGCGUUGAAGGAGAAGAAAAGUUGCUCGUGUAUGAGUUUGUGCCCAACAAAAGCCUUGACUAUUUCCUGUUUGACCCUGCAAAGCAAGGACUACUAGACUGGACGGUACGGUACAAGAUUAUCGAAGGGAUUGCUCGAGGAAUUUUGUAUCUUCACCAAGAUUCACGGCUCACAAUCAUACACCGUGACCUCAAAGCGAGUAAUGUUCUAUUAGAUACUGACAUGAACCCGAAGAUUGCAGAUUUCGGAAUGGCGAGGAUAUUUGGAGUGGACCAGACUCAAGCCGAUACAGGAAGAAUCGUCGGGACAUACGGCUACAUAUCUCCCGAGUACGCGAUGCAUGGCCGAUUCUCCAUGAAAUCUGAUGUCUACAGCUUUGGAGUCUUAGUUCUGGAGAUUAUAAGCGGCAAGAAGAACAACAGUUUCAACCAAACAGAGGACAAUGUCAGAAAUUUAGUAACACAAGCUUGGAGGGCAUGGAGAAAGGGGUCGCCAUUAGAUCUCGUAGAUCCGACUCUUGGGGAGAAUUACCAGAGGGAUGAAGCAAUUAGGUGCAUCCACAUCGGUCUGCUAUGUGUCCAAGAGAAUCCAACAGAUCGACCAACGUUGUCAACGAUCAUGCUGAUGCUCACAAGCAACACGAUCACCCUUCCGGUGCCUCACCCACCUGGCUUUUUCUUGCCAAGUGGACAAGAUCUGAGUUCGGUUUCCGAGUCUACUACAAGCAAGUCUGUUCCUUGUUCGGUCGACGAUUCAUCCUUUACUGAUCUUUAUCCUCGUUGAAUAUGUCCUUCUCCUUGUGUACCGAACCAUUCAUCUUUUUCGGUGUCUUAUGUCCGCACACGUCUGGUAUGAGACGCGAGCAUGUUGCUUGUACUGAAGAUUUUCA